AUUUAAGUUUUUUGUAGCACGUCUACAGUCAGAGUCCUGCAGCUCGGUGGCAGAUGUGUGCAGAGGUUUGGAGGUGUGGGUCAUGGGAAGGUGCACCGUUGAUGCCCCUCCUCUGUGAUGCUGCAGCAGUCUGUGGUCAGCCGCUGCAGUCCGGCGUGUCGGAGCAGCCGACAAGCUUCUUCCACUCUGCAACAAGAAGUGACUUUAACAAGCCGUCAAGUGUCUCCGGAUUUCCUGCUGCGGCUGUUUGUGUUGGGAAAACGUUAAAAAAAGAGACAGAAAACAGAUAGAAGACGGUGCCACAGAACAGACACAAGACUUUGGGGGUUAAACGGUGCCAGUGCUCGCGCUGUUUGGUGCUCGCUCGCGCUGUUUGGUUGGCAAAGUCGCGCGUGUGACCGCUGCAGGACGAUGAGACUUGAAACAGUUUGGAAACUUCUUCCGUGCCUUGUGUUGUUACUUCCUCUCGCAAUGCACGCUCAAGCAGUUCUCCCUCCGGAGUGUGCGCCGGGCGGCCACUCGGUCCUCGACAACCCCUACCGCAGCACCACCUUCAGCUCCAGCUGGCUGCAGCAGUCGUCCCUGCAGGACUUCAUCUGUGAUCACUCCCUCACUCCGGGCUGGUACCAGUUUCAGAUUUUUGACAAGCCGGCCAGCAUGCCCACCCAGUGUGUGGAGGUGAACCACUGCGGGACCCAGGCCCCGGUGUGGCUGUCUCUGGGUGAGGGUGAGUCCCUGCCAGGUCCGCUGGAGGUCAGGCAGCUGACGGCCUGCGCUGCCUGGCAGUUCUUCCCGAGCAGCAGCAAGGACUGCUGUCUGUUCCGCAUCCCGGUCACCGUCCGCAACUGUGGAGAUUUCUACGUUUACCUGCUGCAGCCUACGCAGGGAUGCAUGGGAUACUGCGCUCAGGGCAAGUCAGAGCAUGAGAUGUUGGACACUUUACCCACAACGUCACUGACCUGCGGCCCUAAUGAGGUGAACGUCGGAGGAACAUGUAAAACCAAGCAGCCUCCCACUCCAUCUGCACCAGAGAUUGUCUCAGAGGUGAUGGGGAACUCCGUCUACCUGAAGUGCAGCUUUGAGAGCAGCUCCAACAGCUCCCUGGGCUUCGUAGUGGCCUGGUCCCGCCUCUCACCUCAGGGCAGGAACGAAGAGCUCAAACAGGAGACCACCAUCCAGACCUCCGCCUUCAUCGAGCUGGACGGCUUUAACCUCCGGCUGGGGGACAAGAUUUACUGCUCCACCUCCAGUUUCUUCUUGGACUCGCCCGACAUCCGCAGUCCUUCAGUGGAAAGUCAGGAGUUCUUCGCUGGGAUCAGGCUAAGACCGGAGGUGAGCAGUGUCUCUGAGGAUGGGAAGCUGUAUGAGUUGGUGGUUGAGAGCACAGUUCCCAUCCCAUGUCUGGAAGAGUCCUCUUCCUCUACAGAGCAGUGCACUGUGUCCCUGCAGCUCAGCACAAGCAGUCAAGAUGAGGUUUUGUUGGGUGCAGAUCUGUCUCUGUCCUCUUGUGUGGUGCAUCUGUCCCGGGGUCCCUGCAGGGACGGGAUCUGUGGCCGGGCUGCGGUCCACUUCAGCCCUGUCACUGACUUUGUCAAAGAUGGCAACAGGACAACUCAGAUCUCUAUCAAACCCAUCGUGACACAGAAUUUCCUCUGGAACGGAUACUCACCAGAACCUGCUGAGAUAAAGGUGAAGGAUGUCCCCUCAGCCUACUGCUACUCCUUCACUGAUCCUCACAUGAUCACAUUUGACGGCAGGCACUAUGAAAACUACCAAAUAGGAACCUUUGUUCUCUAUAAGAGCAGCCUCUGGCCAUUUGAAGUCCACGUCCGUCAGUGGGAGUGCGGCAGUUUGGUGCACGCCGCCUCGUGUGUGUGCGGCUUUGUAGCGAGGGACGGAGGCGAUGUAAUCGCUUUUGACAUGUGCAGCGGGGAAAUGGGUGAAACCAAGCCACACCUGUCUGUGAAGAACAGAGACUUGAGCAAGAGUGGCAUCCGCAUCACCGAGUCCUAUCAGGGACGCAAAGUCACUAUGACCUUCUCAUCAGGAGCUUUUGUUCGUGCCGAUGUGUCCAACUGGGGAAUGAGUCUGACGUUGAGAGCCCCCAGUUCAGACCGGAGCCACACUGAAGGCCUGUGUGGGACCUAUGACGGACAGUCAGAGAAUGACUUCCACGCAGCAGGGGGCGCCACACUGGAGCAUCUGCACGCUUUUAUUUCUGAAUGGAGGCUCCCUCCAGGCACCAGUCUGUUUGAUGCUGUGCCUUCCUCUCUGAGUACACUGAACCCCCGCAAGUUCUGUAACUGUCAGGCAGAACCCCGCCUCACAUCUCCACAAAGUCGCUCUCAAGCAGUCACCUCGUCUGACUCCGCCUGCUCUCACUAUGGCAACGUGCAACUCCCCAGUGUCAUCCCCACUCUGGACGUCACGGCGGAGUACAUCGGCUCGGUAGAACUACUCAGAGGUGAGGGGAAUCGAAGACAGUCUCUGCCUCCGGGCCUCUUUAGCCAACACACCCAGGAUGCUCAGCCACAUGAAAGAGGCUUCAGCUCGUCCUCGAGAGCCUCCAGGGAUGGAGCAGCCCAGCAGCAGCAGCAGCGUAGGGGCAGGAGGCAGUCCCACCGUUACAUAUCUAACUCCCCACACCAAAGCCUCAGCCAGUCUGACUUGGAAGGCUUCACUUAUUUCUUCCCAGAGGACCAUGAACUAGCAGUUCAUUUAGACUCUUCCCCAAUAUGGCCGACACCUUCUGGCCUGACGGAGCAGCAGGCCAGAGCUCAGUGCCAUCAGGCUGUGGCAAACUCCAGCAUAGCUUUAGGUUGCAGGCGUCUUCUAGAAGAAACGAUAGUUAGUCGUGCAGCCGCCAUGUGUGUUACCGACCUACAGCUGAAGGAUGACCAGUCAUGGCUGAAUGCAACGUUACCGCUGCUGGAGAACGAGUGUGAGAGGAGGCUGGUGGAGGAGAGGAAGAGAGAAGAAGAAUACAUGGAUGUUCUGGCCAUCCUCAAGUGUCCUAAUCUGUGCAACGGGAACGGCCAGUGCUCGGAGUGGGGUUGUGUCUGCUUCCCGGGAUUUGGGUCUUCUGACUGCAGUGUGCUGUCUGACCAGAUCCCAGAGAUUACUGAGUUGGAGAAGGAGGGUCUGUGUGACGUCCGACAGGGAGAUUGCUCCACCAUCCAAGUCUACGGUCAAGGCUUUAAGGACUCCUACGAGCUCAAGUGUGAGUUUGUUAAAGAAAAGUUUGUGGAUGGGGAGUGGGUUCUGGAUGAGCCCCAGUUUGUUCUGGCCACCUUUCUGGAUGUGACGGCUCUGGAGUGCCAGCUGCCUCUGGAGAGCAGCCAGGCUCCUGGAGACGUGGACCUGGAAACAGUGACAAACAGACCGCUGGCCCGCUGGCAGAUCAAAGUGUCCAAUGAUGGCUACAGCUACAGUAACGCCAAGAUACUGACUCUGUAUGAUGGAGCUUGCCAGAUCUGCAGCCUCAACACCGAAGUCCUCUGCACCCUGAGGGAGAAAACCUGCAACAUUGACGGCCUUUGUUACAGUGAGGGGGAGUCCAAUCCCAGCAUCCCUUGCCUCACAUGCCGCCCUGACUCCUCCAAACACACAUGGUCCAUAGCAGAGAAGAAUGAGCCUCCGGUGCUGCAGUCGUUGCCGUUUCAUCUCCGAUCCUUUCAGGGAGAGAUUUUCAUCUACCAGCUACAAGCCCGGGACCCCGAGGGCUCGGCGGUGCUCUUCACUCUGGUAUCGGGUCCUGAAGGUGCAUCUCUGUCUCCGGCUGGUCUGCUGAUCUGGAAGACCACAGCUGAAACCACUGACACACACACGUUCCAGUUUAUUGUAACGGACGACUGUAACGCUGAGACCAGAGCCUCUGUACAGGUGUCUGUGCACUCCUGUGAUUGUCUGAAUGGCGCUUCUUGUGUAACCAACACCAACCUCCCUGCUGGCAGCGGGGAAUACAUUUGCGUGUGUCUGGAUGGAUUUAAAGGAGAAAGGUGUGAGGUGGACAUCGAUGACUGUAAACCCAACCCCUGCAGACUGGGCCGCUGUAUCGAUGGGCCCAACUCCUUCUCCUGUAUCUGCCCACCUGGAAUGACAGGCCAUACAUGUAGAGAAGAUAUAGAUGAGUGCGUCUCUCAGCCUUGUUUCCCUGGAGUGGGCUGUAACAACACUCUGGGCUCUUUCAUCUGUGGAGUCUGUCCUCAAGGAUACAGCGGUGAUGGGAAAGACUGCACUCGUAACCAAGAUUCUCCAAUCAAAGCGGUGACCACACCGGAGCGAGUGCCGCAGGUUUCACUGAGGCCCAAACCGUCCAGCCAGUCGCCGUGCGCUAGAAGGCCGUGUUACCCGGGCGUUCAGUGUUUUGAGAGCACACAUGUGUCCGCAGGCUUUGUCUGUGGACCUUGUCCUCCCGGUCUCCAUGGAAACGGAUGGAUUUGCACAGCAACAGGUCAGGGGACAGUCGCCACUGGAGCAGACGGGCAUAUUCAUAUCACCAAAUUAGAUUCCAGCAAGGAAACGAUUCCCACCUCCUCCUCUUCCUCCUCUUCUUCAUCGUCUCCCAACUCACCCAGACGACUCCCUGAGAGGAGGACAAGACCGGAAGCCGCCACCAACACUACUAUCAGGAGAGUUCAUUCCACUGUAAGAAAGACCCCCCAGAAUCAAACCGCAACCAGAGUCUUCACCCCGACCUUCCACCGAGGUCAGCCCAGUGAGGUGGAGCUGACCCCCGGCCUCAACACCGGGGUCAAAUGGGGGUUACCGUCUCACCAAGUGACCUGUGCUGACUCUCCUUGCUUCCCCGGUGUCCCCUGUGAGCCCACCGUCACCGGAUCCUUCAGGUGUGGACGCUGCCCGUACGGUUACACUGGAGACGGAGUCACAUGUAAAGCUGUGUGCAGGUAUCAGUGUGGGAGGAACAUGGAGUGCACUCUGCCCAACACCUGCACCUGCAAGGAAGGCUACACCGGAUACAACUGUCACAUAGCUGUGUGUCGACCUGACUGCAAGAACCAGGGAAAAUGUGUGAAACCUAAUGUGUGUGAAUGUCCUGCAGGCUACAGUGGGCCCACCUGUGAGGAAGCGAGCUGCGAACCGCCUUGUCAGCAUGGAGGCACCUGUCUGGCCAGAAACCUGUGUACCUGCCCCUAUGGAUACGUUGGACCCAGAUGUGAAAUCAUGGUGUGUAACAGGCACUGUGAAAACGGAGGCGAGUGUGUUUCUCCUGAUGUCUGCAAAUGCAAACCUGGCUGGUACGGACCGACAUGCAACUCAGCUCUUUGUAACCCUGUGUGUCUGAAUGGAGGAACAUGCAUAAAGCCCAACAUCUGUGCUUGUCCCAGUGGCUUCUAUGGCUCUCAGUGUCAAAUAGCUGUUUGCAGUCCUCCUUGUAAGAAUGGAGGUCAGUGCAUGAGAAACAAUGUGUGUUCCUGCCCUGAAGGCUACACAGGAAAGAGGUGUCAAAAGAGUGUGUGUGAGCCAAUGUGCAUGAACAAAGGCAAGUGUGUGGGACCCAACACCUGCUCCUGUGCGUCAGGAUGGAGAGGGAAGAGGUGUAACAUACCCGUCUGUCUGCAAAAGUGUAAAAAUGGCGGCGAGUGUGUGGGACCGAACACCUGUCACUGUCCCAUCGGGUGGGAAGGUCUCCAGUGUCAAAUACCGGUCUGUAAACAACGAUGCCUGAAUGGAGGACGAUGUGUGCUUCCUGACUACUGCCACUGUCGGAAAGGCUACAAGGGCCUCACCUGUGCAAUAAAGGCACCACAAGUGUGAUGAAAAAGAAAUGGAAAGUGGGAUGAAAGAGACUACGAAAUGCACAAAGCAAGAAGAGAGCACCAUAAAUUGUUGCGCGUAUGACUGUGAGUGUGUGUGUGCGCGUGUGUGUGUCAGUGGAUAAUGGAUAUUGGCAUGUGCUUGAAUGUGUGGCACGCUUGAACGCUAACGGAGGGACUUGAUGUAUUGCACUUGUCUUUUUGUCCCUGUAUAUCACUACCUCAAGGCUCAAGGUAACACAUCUGUUAAAUGCAUCGGCAGUGCUUACGGACGUUUUAUACAGAGUGUUACUGCACAGUAUUAUGUACAAGAAGUAAAUGACAAAUCUGUCUCAAUGAAAUUCAUAAGCUGUAGGUUAUUACCAGCACGCUGUAAGUGUUUUUCACAAUUUAACCAAAAUUAUAGCUUUUACAAAACUGAUGUGCACUGUUUGUUUCUUACUUAUGAGAAAAAUACAAAUAAGUCUGCUUUAUGAAUUAUGCCUAACGUAGAUGAUACACAUCAGUAACUUGUUUUAGACUGAAGAUGUUGCGAUUUACAAAAAUUGCAUUUGUUUAUUUUUCUCAGUUGCUUUCAUUAAUAUAUUGUUUGAUCAGGCCUGUUUUAGUUUUUGACUGUUAUCCAUUUACACUGAUGUCAAACAUGUCAAUCAAAGUAAUGUCCACUAAUGUUGGAGUUACAUCUUCUUCUGUUUCCUUAAAAAAAUCUCCAUCAACACCAGAUUACACUUUGGUACAAGUAAAAUGUGUCUAAAUAAAGAAAAUAUACUAUUUC